UAUAUAAACCUUAUACAACAGUCUACUGCUGCUCUGUCUGGUUGGGGAUUUUACUGUGAGGAACAACCUUGUGGAUACAAAGACGCUUUCAAGAUUUCGGAAGAAAAUAGGACAGAGCGUUGGACUUCAAUUGAUUUGGGAAGGCCCUCCACCAUGACCAAAGGGGACUCCUACAAUAUGUUUGAGAUGGAUGGAGAGGUGGACAUUAAGAUGAAGAAAAAAAAGAAAAUAAAGAAAAAGGAUAGGCUGGAAGGAAUGAAGAAAGAGAUGGACAUUGAUGACCAUGAAAUUACAAUAGAAGAGCUAGAGAUGAGGUAUACCACCAGUGUUACAAAGGGCCUGACCUCUCGCAUGGCCUCUGAGGUUUUGGAGCGGGACGGCCCCAAUGAGCUUCUGCCCCCGAAAGGGACCCCAGAAUACAUCAAGUUUGCCCGCCAGCUUGCCGGAGGUCUGCAGUGUCUGAUGUGGGUGGCGGCUGUUAUCUGCUUCAUUGCCUUCGGCAUUGAGUUCUCCAGGGGAACCCUCGGUUGCUUUGAUGAUCUGUACCUUGCCAUCACUCUAAUCACUGUUGUCGUAGUGACGGGCUGUUUUGGUUACUACCAAGAAUUCAAAAGCACCAACAUAAUCGCCAGCUUCAAAAAUCUAGUGCCACAGCAAGCUCUGGUAAUCCGUGAUGGACAGAAGAACCAGAUCAAUGCAAAGGAACUGGUGGUAGGAGACCUUGUUGAGAUCAAGGGGGGUGACCGCGUUCCAGCUGACAUCCGCAUCAUUUUUUCCCAAGGCUGUAAGGUGGAUAACUCCUCCCUGACAGGGGAGUCGGAGCCACAGAGCAAAACUCCAGAGUGUACACAUGAGAACCCCCUAGAGACCAAAAACAUUGCGUUUUUCUCUACCACCUGCCUGGAAGGAGUGGCCACUGGAACGGUAAUCAACACAGGCGACCGGACCAUCAUUGGACGCAUCGCCAGCUUGGCAUCAGGCGUAGGCAAUGAGAAGACGCCAAUUGCAAUUGAGAUUGAACACUUUGUGGACAUCAUUGCUGGGCUGGCCAUCUUCUUUGGCUUCACCUUCUUCGUGGUUGCCAUGUUUAUUGGCUAUGCCUUCCUGGAGGCUAUGAUCUUUUUUAUGGCCAUUGUGGUGGCCUAUGUACCUGAAGGGUUGCUAGCUACUGUCACGGUGUGUCUCUCACUGACAGCCAAGCGAUUGGCCAGGAAGAACUGUGUGGUGAAGAAUCUAGAGGCUGUAGAAACCUUGGGUUCCACGUCGGUCAUCUGUUCUGACAAGACAGGCACUUUGACCCAAAACAGGAUGACGGUGGCUCACUUGUGGUUUGACAAUGUGAUCCAUGCAGCAGACACCACUGAGGACCAGUCAGGUCAGAGCUUUGACCAAUCAUCUGAGACAUGGAGAUCGUUGGCCAGAGUGGCAGCACUCUGUAACCGAGCCAUAUUCAAGCCCAACCAAGAGUCUCUGCCAAUUCCUAGUAGAAUAGUGGUUGGUGACGCCUCAGAGACAGCUCUGCUGAAAUUCACUGAGCUGACAAUAGGGAACACGAUGGAAUACAGGGAGCGGUUCAAAAAGGUUGUUGAAGUACCAUUCAAUUCCACCAAUAAGUUCCAGCUGUCAGUUCAUGAGUUGGAGGACCCCCUGGACCUGCGCUACCUGCUAGUGAUGAAGGGGGCACCAGAGAGGAUAUUGGAACGGUGCUCCACCAUCCUAAUCAAGGGCCAGGAGCUGCCACUGGAUGAACAGUGGAGAGAGGCCUUUCAGACAGCAUACAUGGACUUAGGGGGCCUGGGGGAGAGAGUUUUGGGUUUCUGUCACAUCUAUAUGAAUGAGAAGGAGUUCCCGCGUGGCUACAAAUUUGAAUCUGAGGAGAUGAACUUUCCCACUUCAGGCCUGUGUUUUGCCGGACUCAUCUCUAUGAUCGAUCCACCUCGCGCUACUGUGCCUGACGCUGUCAUGAAAUGCCGCACAGCCGGAAUCAGGGUCGUCAUGGUGACGGGCGAUCACCCAAUCACUGCCAGAGCCAUCGCUGCCAACGUUGGAAUCAUCUCGGAGGGGAGUGAGACAAUAGAGGACAUUGCCGCAAGGAAACGCAUCCCAGUAGAGCAGGUCAACAAGAGGGAUGCCCGUGCCUGUGUAAUCAAUGGCGGUCAGUUAAAGGACAUGAGCAGCGAGGAGCUAGACGAAGCAUUGAGGAGUCACCCUGAGAUGGUGUUUGCCCGCACCUCACCCCAGCAGAAGCUCAUUAUUGUGGAGAGCUGCCAGCGCCUGGGCUCCAUUGUGGCUGUAACGGGUGAUGGGGUAAACGACUCCCCUGCUUUGAAAAAGGCAGACAUUGGUAUUGCUAUGGGAAUAGCUGGCUCUGAUGCAGCUAAGAAUGCAGCUGACAUGAUUCUGCUGGAUGACAACUUUGCCUCCAUCGUCACAGGGGUGGAGCAGGGUCGUCUGAUCUUUGACAACCUGAAGAAGUCCAUUGCAUACACUCUGACCAAGAAUAUUCCUGAGCUCACACCCUACCUCAUCUACAUCACUGUCAGUGUUCCUCUGCCCCUGGGCUGCAUCACCAUCCUCUUCAUUGAGCUGGCUACUGACAUUUUUCCCUCUGUGUCCCUGGCCUAUGAGAAGGCAGAGAGUGAUAUUAUGCAUCUGAAACCUAGGAACCCGCGCAAGGACAGGUUGGUCAACGAAGCUUUGGCUGUCUACUCCUACUUCCAGAUAGGAGCAAUCCAGUCUUUCGCUGGUUUUACAGACUACUUUACUGCAAUGGCUCAGGAGGGUUGGUACCCUCUGCUGUGUGUGGGGCUCAGGUCCCAAUGGGAGAACGUCCACCUGCAAGACUUGCAGGACAGUUAUGGCCAAGAAUGGACAUACGCCCAGCGCCUUUAUCAGGAGUACACCUGCUACACUGUCUUCUUCGUCAGUAUUGAAAUCUGCCAGAUCUCUGAUGUGUUGAUCAGGAAAACCCGUCGCCUUUCUGUCUUCCAACAAGGCUUCUUUAGGAACAAAGUGCUGGUGAGUGCAAUUGUCUUCCAGCUUCUACUGGGUAACCUGCUGUGCUACUGCCCAGGGAUGCCCAACAUUUUCAACUUCAUGCCUAUAAGAGUCCAGUGGUGGUUCGUUCCAGUACCAUAUGGAAUUCUAAUCUUUGUUUAUGAUGAAAUACGGAAGUUAGGAGUCAGAAGAUAUCCAGGAAGUUGGUGGGACCAGGAGCUGUAUUAUUAAGACAGACAUGUAGACCCUUUGCCAUAGGUAUACAGACUGUAUGGCUGCCAAAAAGUCAGUCUGUGUCCCUAAGGCACCAAAUAUUCCUUUGCAUUUGUGAUAUUGUGUCCAUUUGAACAUAAAUCAAACAGGGUUUGCUAAAGUUUGCACAAGUAGUAGCUCUGAAUAUCUUGAACUCUAUCUGAUAUGGGACUAAAUCAUGUUAAUGGCAAUGUUCGCUGUAAAUUCUUGGCUAUAAAUAGCUAUAAAAGCUUGUCUGAAAACAUAAUAAAACCAGCCUUUUUAUGUUA